AUGUCAUUUUGGCCGUUUUCAAACCCAUUGCAUAGUAACAAUCAACUUCAUAAAUUUUUGGAUUCUAUUCAAGAUUUUUCACAGGUAACUGCCGAUGAUUUAAUAGGUGAUCCGGCAUUACUGCAAGAGUUAAUUAGUGAACUUCAUAAUAUAAAGGGAAGCUAUAAUAAUAAGAACACAAGUUUUCAAUUUCUGCAACAGCAGGGACACGAGACCAACCAAACUAAUAAUUCCUCCAAUUCCGAUACGUUUUCUUUGACAUCUUCUACCAAUGAAAAUAAUAACACUUACAAUAAAGAUGCUCGAGGACCAAGGCUAUUAGAAUUAUUGUUACAGCCGCAGGUAAUGAAUGGGUUUCUCGAUUACCUUAUUAAUAGCGUAGACUUUUUUCAUGAAUUAAGCCUAAAGGAGAAGGAAGAGUUGGAAAAACUUAUAAAGGAAGAAGACGAUAAAGAUGAUGAAGAAAAAGGUGCAAAGCGUAAUGGAGAAAUUAAUCCAAAGAUUGAUGGGGAUAAUGAAGUUGAAAUCGAACAAGCGGAAGAUAUGAGUGAAGACAAGGAGAGCGAAGAAGAAGAAACCAAAGAGGAAAGGUUACGUCGCUGCAUUCAAGUAUCAUCAGAGAUUUUAUCAAUUGACUUGUGGGUGAUUCUGAAUCACAUUAUUGAAACCCCAGCAAUCAUUAAUAAAUUAUGGCUGAUACUUAAGCUACCAAACUUGGAAGAAAAUUCUUUGUCCGUUUCAUAUCUAGUUCAUAUCUUGGAUCAGUUGAUGGACAAGAAUAGCAUCUCUUUAUUGAACUUCAUAAGACGUCGAACCGACUUAGUGGAUACGUUUUUAAAUAAGAUCGAAAUUCCUAUGUUGAUGGACUUCCUCUUGAGAGUUGUUCAGACGGAUAAAGCAUCCUCACCUACUGGAAUUGUUGAAGUUUUAUCGCGACAAGAAUUGAUUCCAAAAUUAAUAGAGAUAUUGAAACCGCAUCCAUCUCAGUUCGCAACAAAACCUUUAACAAUCCCAAAUCAUGAAUUAUUCUUCAAACAGACUGCAGCUUCUGAUUUCAUAAAGGCCGUAGUAACCAUUUCUUCUAAUACUGCAUUGGCAGUGGUUUUGGAAAAUAAUAUUGGCCCCAACCAGCUUACAAGAGAGUUAGUUUCUCCAGAUAUAAUUAAAACAAUGAUCAAUGAUAUCAUGUUGUUCAAUAUACCAUCUGAGACUGGAUCUAUACAAUCAAAUAAACAUGGUAUUAAUAAUUGUGUCGGCAUCAUAAUUGAACUUAUUAGGAAAAACAAUUCAGACUAUGAUUUGAACUGUGGAACAUACAGUUCUAUGCUUCAAAAUUGUGGUGAUGAAAAUGCUGGCAGCGAAGUAAAUUCCUAUGUUAUGUUUCACUGGUUGAAGGACUUUGAACAAAAUCCUCCGGGUCUUAGAGACCCUAUCUAUUUGGGAGAGAUGCUUUCGAUAUUUUCAGACCAUUUAGACAAAUUUGCAGAAUUGAUGAAAAGACCGUCCGAUGCACCAUUGCAUGUCAAUGAUUCACGUGUACUAGGCUUUACUAAAUUCAAGAUUUCUGAAUUGAUUGCAGAAUUGCUCCAUUGUUCGAAUAUGAUAUUAUUGAACUCAAGAAAGAUAAGAAAGAUUGUUAAAAUCCGUGAUACGUUAAGACUUCAACAAAGCGAUCGUUUGAAGAAGGCCUUGGCUGAAACAUUCGUAAAUAAUCAUGCAGAUCAAAACCGUCAUUCUAUAAAUGAUGUUACAAAUGGCUUAGAUGAUGUUUCGUUGGAUGAUAUUAAUUUUAUAGAUGGCGAUAAGAGAGACGAAUCGAAGAUUGAUAUCCCGGAUGAUUCAAAACAUAUCUUUUUUGAUGAAACUAACGAUUAUUCAGAUUUGAUUGAAUCUUUAGAAGCAGAAGAUGAUUCAGAUGAUGAUGAGCCCAAAAUCUCCCCGCAGAAUCCAUUUGUAUGUUCCGAUAGAGAAAAAAGUAUACGAAUGAAUCCUUGUAUUGGAGAUGAAUUUAAGAUUAAAUUGAGUGAACUGGAAAUUUUGUUAGAUAUAGUUUCGAAGUUUACAGAUUAUCCCUGGCACAAUUUUUUUCAUAAUGUUGUGUUUGAUUUAAUUCAACAAAUUUUCAAUGGGAAACUUAACUCAUAUAAUUCUUUUCUAAUUGUGGAUUUGUUCAAACCGGAAAAAUGCAAUUUAACAAAUUUGAUUGUAAAAUCAUAUCGUAAAUCCCAUGAACCUCGACCCGGUUAUAUGGGUCACUUAAUUCUUAUUAGUGAGGAAGUAGUAAAAUUUACUUCGCUUUAUAAACCAGAUCUUAUAUCUCCUAUAAUUCUUGAUGCUAUUUUAUCUAAAGACUGGGAUUGGUUUGUUAAUGAGAUAUUGCUCAAAACAAGAGAAGUUUAUAAUGUUGUAUUGGGAUCCGAGCAAGAUGAAGAAGAUGAAAGCCAUAGAUUAAAUGACAAGGAUCAGGAUUCAUUUGGUUUUGAUUCAUCUACUGUUGGAUAUCUUGAUUUAGACUCAUAUGACAAGGAACAGGGAAAUCCCAACAAAAAUUUAAUAAUUCUAGGAGAUAGAUCAAAUCAUGACUUAUUUGUAAAUGAUCGUCAAAAUGCGUCUCGCGAAAGUAAUGAGGAUGAUAAUGAUGAUGAUGACGAUGAUGAUGAUGAUGAGCAUAUGGAAGAAACUCCAGUUCCUGAUGUAAGACUUGAGGGUUCACCGCUGGUAGAAGAUUUACAUAAUCUGGACUUCUACGAUAAUGAACAUUUUCAUGAUGAAUAUCAAGAGAAUGAAUUCAUAGACGACUUAUCAGGUUCAAGUUCCUCAGACGAAGAAGAUGAUGCUGAUGAAGAAGACGGUGAAGGUGAUAGUCGAGAGGAAGAUGGUAACGAAUUACGAAGAGUGUCGAGACACAACGAGUAA